AUGGACAUUUGUGGUCAUGCAACAUUAGCAUCUGCUCACGUUCUUUUCUCAAACGGUUUAGUUGGUUCCUCUGACAUAGUCGAGUUUGCUACUCAAUCUGGCAUUCUGAUUGCUAAAAGGGUUCCAGAAAAAGGUUCUUUUUUGGUGGAACUGAGUUUACCUGAGAUUCUUACAUGUGAAUACAACUCAAACGAUGUCUCCAUGUUCUCCAAAGCCUUAAGUGGAGCUACCAUUGUUGACAUCAAGGGAACUACAACAGAUAGCGCCGUCUUAAAAGCCUUGAAUGGAGUUGCCAAGGCAACUUCAACCGACAAAAUCAUCGUUGUGCUUUCAUCUUGGGAGGCUGUGGCUGAGUUGCAGCCAAGAACUGAUGAUAUCAUGAAAUGCCCAGGCAAAGUGAUGAUUGUUACCGCUGCUGCUCCUGAAGGAUCUGUGUAUGAUUUCUGCAGUCGACUCUUUGCUCCUAAACUAGGGCUCAUUGAGGACUCUGCAUGUGGAAGUGCGCAUUGUGCUUUAGCACAUUACUGGAGUCUCAAGAUGAACAAAUGUGAUUUCGUCGCCUACACUGCUUCGCGUAGGAGUGGAGAACUGAAGGUUCAUUAUGAUAAGGAGAAGCAGAGGGUCUUGCUCACAGGCAAAGCUGUGACUGUGAUGAACGGUUCUGUCUUAGUUUAA